AUGCCGACGCCCCUGUUCCGCAUCCCGCUCCCUGUCCCGCAUCUCCGACCCGCCCUCGUUCUUCCUCCUGAGCGGGGACAGGGCCGGUCCGGCGGCAGGGAGGGGGAUAUACGGAGCGGGGCCGGGCCGGAGGGCAGGGAGCGCGUCGGCUGCGGGGCCCCUGCCGGCAAGCUGCCAUGGGUCACCGACUCUCCCGAGCUUCCUUGGGUUCCGCUGCCAGCCGGACCUACCCCGGUGGGUGUCCGCCUCGGCCCCGGGAGAGCGGCGGCGCCCGAUGCUGCCCGUCCUGCCCGGGAUGUUGACCUGAAAGCAUAUCAAGAAGCUUUGGAUAACUACUGUCCACACCAAGGAGGUGAUCAGCUGGAACUGCAAGAGGAUGAGGAAGACACAAAUCAGAGUAACCACAACUGUGGAGAUUCCCUUUUCUCCUUAGAGGGCUGUUUCCAGCUUCUGUCAUCACAGAUGGAAAACAUGCUAGAGGUGAAUUUACUGGAGGAUACACAAGUUGCUACUUCUGGUAGGGGCCAAGAACCAUCAUCCUCACACUACAAUGUAAGUUUGGCCCAGACACUUUGCCACUAUUUCAGUCCUCAUGAGGCCACACUGCUGAAAACAGACCACCCGGUGGAACCACAUUCAGAAACAAGGCAUUCACAAAGGCAAGACUGUUGUCCUCAGUCAGACUCUAGUAUCACAGAUCCAGACUCGCUGCUUCAUGGGUCACACUUGACAGGGCUGUUUCCAGCUACUGACUUUGGAAACCUAACUGCCCAUGACAAUGAUUUUGAUAAAAUUAAAUCAGUGUCUUUGGCUUUAGAGGACGGCUCUGAUCCUAUAGAAGUUUCUCAGCUUUUUGAAGAAUCUGGCCUAGAUUUGGCACUGUUUUUGAAUUCAAGUCACAGCACUGCCUCUUACUCAAUCAGCAGUGAAGGGGCUAUUGGGUGCAACAGUGAUACUAAUUCUUCUUCUUCAUGUGGCUUAGAAGCCAUUGGUGGCCACAGCCAAGAACACACUAAGUAUGACCAUGUGGAACAUCCAGGUGAUUCAGAGUGUUCUAGAAAAGCCACACUCAAGCAGUUUCUACCUAAACACACUUACAGGCUGCCAAGUCAAGCAGCACCCACUCCAGUUCUUCAUCAACAGCUGUGCAUGAAGCCAUCAAAGGAAGUAAAGGACAAGUGCUGUAACACAACUGAUACAAAGCUCAGCAGUGAUGAGCGCCCGGCCAACUCCCUGAUGAUACCAUUUUCAGCUGAGGAAAUUGUGAGCAUGCCUGUGGACGCUUUCAACACCAUGCUAGCAAAGAACCAGCUGACAGAUACCCAGGUAUCACUUCUGCGUGGCAUCAGACGUCGUGGAAAAAACAAAGUCGCUGCCCAAAACUGUCGCAAACGCAAACUGAAGGCAAUUCUGAAGUUGGAAGAAGCCGUGUGUAACCUUCAAACACAAAAGGAGAGCCUUAAAAAGGAGCACUCUCAGUGUAGCAGAUCCAUCAGCCGGCUGAAGCAACAGUUAAAAGGCUUGUACCGUGACAUUUUCAGUCACCUGAAGGAUGACCAAGGCAGACCUGUUAACCCCCGCCAGUAUGUCAUUCAUUGCAGCAGUGAGGGCAGCCUUCUCCUAAUACCCAAGUAUUCAGUCAAACCAGAACAGACACAAGAUAAUGAAAAAGAGCAGAAACAAAAAUAAGGUGGCUGAAGAUCAUAGAUUUUAUUUUUCCAAUGGAAUGCCAAGGGUAUUUGUGUGAAGACCGGAGGCUGGUGAUUACUGCAUUACAGACAGGCGACUACAUUUAAGGAGGAAGACUGCAUGGCCAAGGGUCUGGCAAACCCAGACAAUGGUGAUGCUAGAAUUGUGUACCAGCUGAGGCUUCUGAAUGAGGAACUGCUUAGUUUUAAUUGAAGGAGCUAGGCUAGUACCAUAGGCGGAGUUACACA